GUUUUAGUAGGAGGUGCCGUGACCGCCAUUGUUUCAAUUCAACUCCUUCGUAUAUCGUGUCUGUCGGUUUAAAAAGACUCGUUCUGUCGUGCCAGUAAGCCCCGAUAUCCCAGGCGAGGUUUCCGAGCCAUUAGUGCAGUGAUAAAAGCGUUUAGUUCAAAUAGUAUGUCCACAAUGAAUCCCGAGUACGAUUAUUUGUUCAAACUUCUCCUGAUCGGCGAUUCUGGUGUUGGAAAAUCGUGCUUGUUGCUUCGAUUUGCAGAUGAUACGUACACCGAGAGUUACAUAAGUACGAUCGGUGUUGAUUUCAAAAUCAGAACAAUCGAUCUUGAUGGAAAAACAAUCAAAUUGCAAAUAUGGGAUACGGCGGGCCAGGAGAGAUUCAGAACGAUUACUUCUUCUUACUAUCGUGGGGCUCAUGGUAUAAUUGUGGUUUACGACUGUACGGACCAAGAGUCUUUCAACAAUGUUAAACAGUGGUUAGAAGAGAUAGAUCGCUACGCUUCGGACAAUGUCAAUAAACUACUUGUGGGUAACAAGUGCGAUUUACACACUAAAAAAGUUGUCGACUACACAACGGCCAAGGAGUAUGCCGAGCAGCUACAAAUCCCGUUCCUAGAAACAUCGGCCAAGAAUGCGAUGAAUGUGGAGCAGGCUUUCAUUACCAUGGCUGCUGAAAUUAAGACCAGAGUAGGUCCUCCGUCAAGCGCAGCGAGUGAUUCUGCCAACAAAGUUAAAAUCGAUCAGGGACGUCCGAUCGAGACAUCAAAGUCUGGGUGCUGCUGAAACAUUUAAACGUGUUUUCUCACCGCUAAUUACUCACGGCGUCAGCUUGGCAGUGUGGCUCUCUUUGGUGGGUUAUCAACCGAUAUGAGAACAUAAAUCAAGCCAUGCAAUGAUAGCGAGUGCCUCCUAAAACGCUCUUGAAAAUUAUUCCGAGAAACAAAACAAUUACAAAGAAACGAAACUAAAACCAAAAUAAACUCAACGAUAAAAAAACAGUCACAACGGCAUCGUCGUGAAUUUUCAGCUCCGUACAUAUAUUUGGAGUUGAAAUAAAAAAUAAGAAAUCGAGGAAUAAAUAAAUAAUCUUUUCUAGUUGACCAAUUGUUUGAUUAUUCUCAAAUCCAAGCUAACUCGAUAAAAUAUUAUAUGAAACUUGUCCCCCAUGAUUGUUAGUUUCUCUGUCAUCGCGAUCAACAAGUUUCUAACAAUCAAUAUUCUGGAAAGAAAAGAAGGAAUACGAAGCAGUCAACUCCGUUAAGUUUUAAGACAUUCGACCUCGGUAUCAUGUGUGACGAUCAGGUGUAUAAGAUGAGCACUACCCUCUAUUUUCUAGCUUAAUUAAAUCUAAUUAUUAGUACUACUACUACUAUUAUUAUUAUUAUUAUUAUUACUAUCAUUGUCAUUAUUAUUGUUAUUAUAAUUAUCAUCAUCAUCAUCAUUAUACGUAUUGACAGAUAUUUUCGGCCCUAGUAUUUCCCUGAUAGAUAUGUAACUCGAGAACGCAAAGACGUCGACUUGCUCGUAUACGACCAAGUCGAACUUUUAAAUCAAUUCUUAUACAUAUGUAUGUACGAAGGUACCUACCUAAUUAUCUAUAUAUAUAUGAUUCAAGGCCUUUAACUAGUAAUAUGAUAUACCACCUUAUUAUUUAUGGUUUGUGAAUCGUUUGAUAUAUUGGUCAUUAGCCAGUGAAAAAUUUGAAACCAGCUAAUAUGCCUAUAUGAUACGAACAUGAUGAUAUGGAAUAAAUAAAAAAUACAAAUAAGA